AUGGCCACCAAGCUGACCAAGCUGACCACAAUGAUGAUGAUGACCACGAUGGCCACCAGACUGACCAAGGUGACCCCGAUGACCACCAAGGUGACCCCGGUGGUGGCCCGCGGUGGUCGUACGGCCGCUGUCCGGACGUGGACGAGUGUCGGCUGGGGCUGGCGCGUUGUCACCCGCGCGCCCGCUGUCACAACACCCCCGGCAGCUUCCAGUGCCGCUGCCAGCGCGGCUACCGCGGAGACGGCGUGGCCACCUGCGAGCCCACACUGGACGGAGGGCCCGCAGUGCCAGCGCUGCCGUCCCGGCAGUUUCGGUCCCGGCGGUGCCGGCGGUUGCCGUCCCUGCGCCUGCCACGGCCACGGCGACCCCGAGCGCGGCUUCUGCCACCGCGGCUCCGGCGUUUGCCACUGCCUGCCCCCCACCACGGGCGUGCACUGCGACAGGUGCGCACCUGGAUACUACGGGGACCCCAGGCACGGGGGUGUUUGCGUUCUCCGCUGCCGGGGCCGGCAGCUGCUGCCCCUGACGGAGCCUCUGGAGCUGGGCUGGAGGGGGGGGGAUGGGCAGGAGCCCCUCCCCCACUGCCUUUGGCUGCUCUCGGUUUCGGGGGGACCCCGGCCCUGCCCCCGCCCCGGCCCCGAGUGCCCCCGGAUCGGCCUCAGCCUCAGGGCAGAGGGGUCCUGCCAGGGCAGUUUCGUCUACGCCUUCGAUGGGAUCCCGGCGCUGCUGGAUGGGGGAGGGGUGCAGGGAGACCCCACCCUGAUCGGGGCCCUCUGUGGGGGAGGGGCCCCCCACAGCCUCGAGCUGGAGGCCAAGUCAGGGAUUUUGGUUCUUUAUUACGAAUCCAACGGGACGGAGCCGGGGGGGUUCCGGGCUCGGGUGGAGCCCCGGCCCUGCCCCCCCCACUGCCCCUCCCCCACCCUGGGGUGCCCAGGGGGGUGUGGGGGAGGGGAGUGCAGGAAGGACAGGGGGGUCUGCGAGUGCCCCGAAGGUUUUGGGGGUCCCAACUGCUCCACCCCCAUCGGGCCGGGGUCCAUCGUGUGGGAGCCCCUGGUGGGAGACACCCCUGAGGAGGACUCCCCGAGCCGCUUCCUGCGCCGCCUGGGCCACAGCCUCGUGCCCGGCCCCAACGAGACCCUCUGGCUCUUCGGGGGGCUCAGCCUGGCCCACGGACCCCUGGCCUCCGUCUACAGGUUCUCUCUCCGCGAUCGCCGCUGGACUCAGGUGUUGGCGGGGGAGGGGGAGGGCGGCCCCGGCCCCUCCCCCCGGUACCUGCACGCGGCCGCCGCCCUCCCGGGGGGAGGGGCCCUGCUGCUGGUGGGGGGACUCACCUGGACAGGUGUGAGCCAGGACACCUGGAUGCUGAACCUCAGCUCCCUGCAGUGGAGACGGAUACAGGCUCCGCAGGUUCCGGCGGUGGCCGGGCACUCGCUGACAGCCGGGGGCUCCCGGGGGAUUUUUUUGGUCGGGGGCUUCUCCCCCCAAAACGGCUUCAACACCGAGCUCUUCAUCUUCGACCCCCGCUCCGAAAAUUGGGGGGUGGGGGUCCAGGCUGGGACCCCCCCCACAGGUAUUUAUGGUCACUCAGCCUCGUUCCACGAGCCCUCGGAGUCUCUGUUCGUGUUUGGGGGGCAGCGAUUCCACGUGGAGCGCGUCGCCCCCAGCGCGGAGCUCUACAGCCUUCAUCUUCCUCGGCUCACCUGGAGCCUGCUGGCUCCGGCCAGGGGGGAAAAGCCCCGACCUCAUUUUUUCCACGCCGCCGCGAUUUUGGGGGACACCCUGGUGGUCCUGGGGGGUCGCAGCGACCGCCGGGAUUUCGGCAACGAGGUCUUGCUCUACCAAAUCCGCUGCAAUUCCUGGAUCCUGCCCCCCCACACGGACCCCUCCCUGCUGGGACCCCCCAUGCCGGGUUCGGUCUCUCACGCCCUGGCCCAGCUCGGGGGGCUCCUCUUCAUCUCGGGGGGUUUCAAUGGGGGGGUCCUGGGGGGGCUUUGGGGGCUCCGGGUGCCCCCCGAGCCCUGCGGGACCCUCCCGGACCCCCCCCGGUGCCACUCGGGGGGCUCCUGUGCCUGGUGCGGGGGGCGAUGCCGGGGGGCUCUGGAGGCUGAGAGGGAUUUUGGGGGGUUUGGGGGCUCGGGGGGAUCCUGUGCCUGGUGUGGGGGGCGAUGCCGGGGGGCUCUGGAGGCUGAGAGGUUGGGGUGCUCCCCCAUCCCCUCCCCCUGCGCCCCCUCCCCACGGGACCCCCUCGAGUGCCGGCGGCUCCGGAGCUGCAGCGAAUGCCUGGCCCAGCACCCCCUGGGGGGCUCGGCACCUCCCAGCUGCAAGUGGUGCACGAACUGUCCCGAGGGCGCGUGCAUCGGCGCGGGCGGCAGCUGCCGGCGCGAGAACGAUUGUCGCAUCAACCAACGGGAAAUCUUCGCUCCCCAAAACUGCUCCGAGGCCGCCUGCGGAGCCCCGGAUUGUCCGCGCUGCGCCGCCGCGGGACGAUGCAUGUGGACGCGCCAGUUCAAGAGGACAGGUGAGACCCGUCGGAUCCUGAGUGUCCAGCCCAGCUACGACUGGACGUGUUUCAGCCACUCCCUGCUCAACGUGUCCCCGAUGCCGGUGGAGUCGGCGCCGCCCCUGCCCUGUCCCCGGCCCUGUCACCUGCAGCUCACCUGUCACACCUGCCUGGGCUCGGCCGGCGCCGACGGGGGCUGGCAGCACUGCCUCUGGAGCGUGGGGCUUAAACAGCUCACCUGUCACACCUGCCUGGGCUCGGCCGGCGCCGACGGGGGCUGGCAGCACUGCCUCUGGAGCGUGGGGCUCAAACAGUGCCUCAGCCCCAGCUUCGCCCCCCUCCUCUGCCUCACCGGCGGCUGCGGCCUCCUCCUCCGCGGUGAGCCCCACACCUGCGGUCCUGGGGGGGUCUGGGCAUUCCUGAGCUGCCCCCCUGAAGACGAGUGCCAGAACGGGCACCACACCUGCGGAGCCAGCCAGGUGUGCCGGGAUCUGCCUGACGGAUACACCUGUACCUGCAGGGCGGGGUACAGCCCCGACAGGGCGGGGUACAGCCCCGACAGGGCGGGGUACAGCCCCGACAGGUGA